UUGAAUUAAUGCGGGUGGGCUGAAACAAGCCCGAUGGUUUACAGUGGACAACUUAUUGCUCGUCGGGAAAUCAACAUAAACGAGGCCAAAGCACAAAAGUGACGGACAUUUCUGAAGCGCCGUUUAUGGCGUGAGAGAGAGAAAACCGGCGCACCAUCCGAGUGCUCGAUCCUCGCGUCAUGACGCUCUACCACGGGUGCGCGGCUACAUUCGGCGUGCCGACCUCCCCUCUCAACCUUCCCGGACCUCCCCUGGUCUACUUGUGCGGAGGGGGCAGCGGUGGCGCCCUGAGCCUGCUGUCGAGCGGGCGGCCACCCGAGCAGCAGAAGCCUCCUUACAGUUAUAUCGCGCUGAUCGCCAUGGCCAUCAAGAGCGCCCCGGAGCAACGCGCCACGCUGAGCGGCAUCUAUCAGUUCAUCAUGGACCGUUUCCCAUUUUAUCACGACAACAAGCAGGGCUGGCAGAACUCCAUCCGCCACAACCUCUCCCUUAACGACUGCUUUGUCAAGGUGCCCAGGGAGAAGGGUCGCCCCGGCAAAGGCAGCUACUGGACGCUAGACGCCAAGUGCACCAACAUGUUCGAGAACGGCAACUUCCGGCGGAGGAAGCGAAAGGUGAAGAGUCAACAGGAGCGCACCCGAAGGGAGCGUCCGUCAUCCUUGCUGGUGGAGAUGACGCUGAGGCGAGACGCGCAGACAACGGAGACGCGCCCGGACUCGAACACGGUUGUGCAGCAUAAUGCCCGCAUGUGCACAGACAAAGCGGAGAAGCCCACCGGGAAGAAGCAGGACCAGAGGUGCACGUCACCGCCGACAGAUGACCCACCCUGCCGCCUCACUUUCCCAAUUCCCGUUCACAACAAGUCCGCGUCACUUCGCGCCCAGUUGGAUCCCAAAUCGUGUGAUCCGAGCAGGGCCAAACGCAGCGCUUUCAGCAUUGAGAGCAUCCUCGCAAAAAGUGAAGGGGAUCGGGGGCCGAAGCAGCGCCACGGCUCCGGUGGCGCUCCAAACGUGCUGUCCGAGACUCGACAGCAUCAUUUGGGAUUUCCCUUUUGUUCUAAUUUGUCACUCUCUUGACCAGAAAAAAAAAAAAAACCUCUAUACUACAAAUGUGAAAAAUAACUCACAGAACUCUAUUGGAGUAACGGCUCAUUCCAACCUUUAAUGAGCCAAUUAAGGCACGUGUGUCAUAUUUUUUUUUUCCAAAAACUCAAUGCAGACCACCAAACAAAAAUGUCGUAAAAGCAGAUACACUGUAAAUGUGUUUCAUGUACCUUCUGCUAUCUAGUGGAAGCGCAUUUAAUGGGUUACCACACGCAGCUUGGAUAGUUAAUUGAACGACACAUCAUUAAAUAACCAAUGAUGUGAAUCUGUAUCAAUGCCACAACGCACUCAUUGCAUUGUAGUGCACAUUCGAAGCAGAUACACACUUAAUUGUUUGAAAAUAUAUCCAUUCUGCUGUAACACUCAGUUAAAUGUUUAUGGACAUCUCAUGUAUACAGCAGUUCCUUCCUAAAUAAGACAUGUUAUAAAGUAUACUGCAGUGUACAUAUCAAAUUCAAACUGUUUGUAUAUAGCCUUUUGUAACCCUAUGAAUAAGAUUAAUGCAUGAUA